AUGAGCACUUUGUUAAAUACAACAUCACCAAUAAUAGUAAUCAUUCGUAGAAAAUCACCAAUUAUGAAAGAUUCAAAUGCUUCAAUUACCGCUCCAACUGCUCCAAAACCAGUUUCUCGUAGUACAACCCGUAGCUUAACUAAUGCACCCAUCAAUGCAGUCAAUAGUGAAGAUCUUCCAUUAAUCUAA